CUGGACUCCAGGAGCUGGACAGACUGACACACAGACAAGAAACGAUCAGGCCACACAUCGAAAAUGGAACCAAAUCCUAUUUUAAACCUAAUCUUACUGGGGAAAAAGGGAGCUGGGAAGAGUUCAUCAGGGAGAACAAUACUGGGACAACACGCUUUCAACCCAGAGAAAGUUUCCAGUCCUGUUGCUGUAGAAUCUGGGACUUUUGAGGAUACGGAUAUCACUGUUUAUGACACUCCAGGAUUAAUUGACACAGACCUGACUGAAGAUAAGAUUGAAAAAACACUUGAUCAGGUUCAGCAGAAUUGUAAAUCUGGUCUCUGUGCGUUUCUGCUGGUCAUCAAAGCUGACAGAUUCACUGAAGAAGAGAGAAAAUUUGUGGAGAAGAUUGAGGAGGUGUUAGGAGAAGAACGCUUGGUAAAAACCUGGAUUCUCUUCACUGGAGGAGAUCAACUUGAACUCAAAAACAUGACCAUAAAAGAAUUCAUUGAUGAGUCUAAAUUACUGAAGAAACAUCUUCAGAAAUACGACCAGAGAUACCAUGUGUUCAGCAACAAGAAAAAAGGACAUGCUGAAAUACAAGUUAAAAUGCUCCUCAGAAAAAUAUUUCGCACAUGGUGGUUAAAAACACCAGACGGAGAAAAACUAACCAGACGCAUCGGACCAAAUGCUCUUGAUAAACUACAGGUGUCUGCUGACAGUCUCUUAUCCAGACGGAUUGUUCUUCUGGGUAAAACUGGUGUUGGGAAGAGUGCAGCUGGAAACACAAUACUGGGAAAGCGAGAGUUUAACUCUGAAAUGUGUACUAGUUCUGUAACUAGGGAAUGUUUAGUGAAACAAGCCACUGUUUCAGGCAGAUCUGUGUCUGUAGUUGAUACUCCUGGAUUCUUUGACACACAGAUGAGACAUGAAGAGUUAGCUAAAGAGAUAGCGAGAAGUGUUUAUAUAUCCAGUCCUGGACCGCACGCUGUUCUCGUUGUUCUCAGAGUAGAUGACAGAUUCACUGAACAUGAGCAGCAGAUUCCUCAGAUGAUUGAGAUGAUGUUUGGUGAAGAAGUGUUAAAAUACUCCAUCAUUCUCUUUACUCGUGGAGAUCAGCUGAGAGGAAAGUCUGUAGAGGAACUCAUUCAAAAGAGCUGUACUUUAAGACAUCUAGUUCAAGAGUGUGGAGGCAGAUUUCAUGUCUUCAACAAUGAAGAUGAGAAUAACAGAGAUCAGGUGAAUGAUCUACUGAAGAAGAUUGACACAAUGAUAGAGCAGAAUGGAGGAGGACACUACAGUAAUCAGAUGUAUGAAGAUGCUGAGAGAUUCAGACAAGAGGAAGAGGAGAGGAGACAGAGAGGGAAAGAGUGUAAAGAGACUGGAUUUGAUAAAUUUCACGCGAAGUAUGAGCAAACAUUCAGUCACUCAUCUAAGGGAUUAACUCUUGGAGGUAUAAUAGGUGGAAUAGUGGGAUCAGUGGCUGGCCCUAUUGGUGCACUUGUUGGUGCAGCUGUUGGUGCAGGUAUUGGUGGAUUAGUUGAUCUAUUUAGUUGAAAAAGUAAAUAGAUUAAAUUAGAUUUAUCUACCAAGGGGAAAUUUAGAUGUUACAAAAUGGAUAUACACUACAAUAUAUACCACUAUAAAUACUAGCAUGCACUAAAAAAGUAUUGCAAUUAAGAAAAAAAAACAAACAUUAUUACAGAUUUGUAUUCUGAUGAUAAUUAUUCUGAAAUCUGAGAAACCCCAUGACCUGUACCCCCCAAUGCAACCAGCACAGCCUUGAAGAAGAUUUUAUAAGCUGGUUCAGUGGCUAAUUGUUUGGAGUUAGAAAUAUAUAACUCGCGCUGCAUAUUUAGUCAUUUUGCGUAGAUCGUAGAGCAUGUAGUUCAUUAAAGAGUUAACGUUGUUGAUGCGCUCGGACCCGAGUUCGAAUCCGCCUUUUGCCGAACAUAUGAGAUGUAAAAUGUAUAAACUAACAUGAAGGUCUCUAGUGUCAUAUUUUGCCAAUGAACUAAAAAACUAAACCAUGAUAUUGCUUUUUGCCUUCAUAAAACAGCACAAGACUUUAAGAAUAGGCAUUCUGUUUGUGCUGGGUGUUUUAGAGAAACGUGUGCACUUUGCUCACGCGAAUACGGAGCAGUUUUUCCUGUGAGUGAGACUGGAAAACCCGUAGUGGAUAUAAUCAGAGUGAUAACAGAACGCUAGAUUACAGAGAGGAAUUGGCUUUUACUCCAGUCCUGGUUUUGCGUCCGCGCUGUUAGGAGCACAACAUCUGUCUCAUAUGCACGAUCGCUCUAGACUAGAUUAGAGGAUAUUUUAACUAAUUUGCGGUAAAACUAGUCAAUCACGAUUGGGGGUGCUGCACUUCUAGUUACUGCUGCUCAUUUCUCCCGAAAAUAUCAUGUUAACAACAACCCUUUCGAAAACAUACUUCCUUUGUGGAUCCUCUUGAUCUGCUUUCUCCAUGUUUCUUUGACUAAUCUCUUUGUCUCAGUCUCACGCAUGCUGCAGUUCGACACAUUUAACUGGAAGUGGCCGUCACUGUUUUAUCCAUUGUAGGCACCGCUCACGUUGUGUUUUCGGCUUUGGAAAUGGAAAGAACACAACUCCUCCAGACAAUCUCUCGGGGUACCAGUGUCCGACUUACAAACGCCGUGGGCGCAUCGCUUCACCAUCUAGCUUUCCUGCCUAAAAUUCAUAAACAUUAUGUUUCAGCUAAUUUGACAGUAAUGUUCAAGGAUAGUAGCUACUAGUGCAAUACUCAGGCGCCUUCAUGUGCAGCAUGGACAUGAAGCUGUCAUGGCAAACAAUGCACGCAGAAUUCCUUUAUGGGAUGUAAAGGAUGUAUGUAAUAGGAAGUGUAAGCUUCAUUUGUAUUAGCAUUAGUACAUAAUGAGACAUAAGUUACACUAUAAGCAUGCAGAGACAGAAGCUGAUGAGUAUACAUUCAUCAAUAAAAUGUUGGCUUUAAUGUAAUUAUAUUCACUUGAUUAAGUGCAGCUAUGUCUCAUAUUAUCCACCCUUGAGUAGGCUAGUUGCAGUUUUUGCACAUAAUGGUUUGAAUACAACAUCACCGUAUGGCAAAGUAUACCAAAACAUGUUGAAACGCAACUUUGAAAUUGAAUGGCACUGGACAUACACAAUAAUGAGAAAUGGAAGCGAUGGAUCUGUUGGGUUUUUUUAUGCUGCAAUAAGUGAUGUGAAUAAUUUGUUUAAAAAUAAACAAAUAAAUAAACAAGGUAGAAAAUAAAAACUGUUCUGUUUUUUUUUUUUUU